AUGCAGCAUAUAUUUCCCCAACACGCGCACGAUGUGUUCCGUGGUGUGCCGCUGGUGUAUCCACGUGAGAUUGAUAACGCAUGUGAGCGAAUUCGUGAUGCAACGGAUGCUCUCGGUGUUGAUGAAAAUGUACUCGUAAAUACGCUCAGCUCGUUAUCAACUAGCGACCGAUCUCUCGUCAUUUACCGCUACAAGGACUUGUAUCGCGAGGAACUAAAGGACACGCUACGCCGCGACACCAGAGGUCACUUCCGCUUCCUGGUACUUCUGCUCACUAUGCCGUUACCAGAAAUGGAGGCGUUCGUACUAAAUGUUGCAACGUCAGGCAGCGGCACAAGGGAGCGACAAUUGUACCCGAUUUUGCUUGGACGCACGAACGAAGAGCUUUCGAUGCUGAAGUCGACAUACUACUACAUCUUUAACAAAGAUUUAACUUGGCUUAUGCGUUCGGAGCUAAGCGGUGAUUAUCGCAAGAUCAUUUUGUUGGCACUUGAGCGCUUGCAGGUGCCAUAUGACCCCACAAUUCACACGUACGAAAGAGCUAAGUCCGAUGCUAUCAAGCUGUACGAUGUCGGCGAAGGACGCUGGGGUACAGACGAAACGACAUUCAUCCGAAUUUUAUUCUCCAGCCCGCGCGAGCACGUCGUGUUAGUUAACGACAUUUAUAAGAAAAAGUUCGUGAGAACCCUGGAGGAGGUUGUAUGCAGCGAGUUUAGUGGCCUCGCAUCCGAGGCUCUUGUGUUUUACGUCCGCCUAGCGCUUGAACCGUACGCGGCGAUCGCCGACCACUACAAUCGUUCUCUGAAGUGCCUUCGGAAAGAUGAGAAGGCACUUAGUGCAGCUGUAGUUCGUUAUCACGGGAUGCAGCCGCGCGUUGAGCAGCUAUACGAGAAGCUGUACGGGCGAUCGCUUGAAGAGCGGAUUCGCACUGACACAGAAGCCAACUAUGGAGACCUAUUGGUUACAUUGUUACACAUUCCAACUGACGUCAGCAGUACGAGCUACGAUAGUGAUAGCAUUGACAGUGAAAUGGAGGUUCUUAACUAG